AUGGUUCAUAGGAUGCUUAUGUAUGCUACUAUCUGCAAAAGUGUUAGUAACACUGACAAGACCAUUUGCAAGAUGAUUAUUGCAGGAUUUAUCGGUCAACUAAGAGGAUGGUGGGAUAAUUAUAUGCCCUCUGAUGCGAGAGCAGCAGUAAUUAAUGUUAAGGCAGUAAAUGAAGGAGUUGAUAAUUUAGGCUUUGCCCUUGUUCAAAAUAGAGAAGACGCUAUUAUGAUGAUUCUGAAGCAAGUUAUGCAACAGAGGAUGAGCAACCUGAGUCAUCUUGUAAGGUUCAACAAGAUUCGAAUGAUGCUUGCAAAUGUCAGGAUUGAUAUUUGUGUUGAUCAUCCUAGUGCCUUUUGGAAUCGGAAAAAGCAUAUUGUAACUCUUCCAUAUGAAGAUGAUUUCUCUGAGGAAAAUAUCCCUACCAAAUCACGUCCUUGUCAGAUAAAUACCGAAUUGGUUGAAUUCUGCAAAAAGGAAAUUGAUAAUUUAUUACAAAAAGGUUUGAUAAAGCCUUCCAAAUCACCAUGGUCAUGUACUGCUUUUUAUGUUAAUAACGCAACAGAAAAAGAACGAGGUGUUCCCAGGAUGGAUCCUCCUUGGGUAAGCAAGGCUAGAGGAAGGGGCAGUUAUACUCGCGGAAAGGGAAGAUCCUCCUCUUCAAAAACAUCAGGAUCAUCAUACGGAUCCUCAUCCAGCUCUCCAAUUAUACUAAGGGAGGAAUGA